GGCGCUCGGGCUGGUGGGGCGGGGGCCGCCUCUGAGGUCCUUUCCCAGGCGGCCUCCGCGACCCACCCGAGCCUCCUGGGAGAGAAGGGUCUACUAGAGAAAGUUGCUAACCCUUGUUGAGGGCCAGGCUUUCACCCGCGAAGACCGUUUAAACUGCAUUUCAGUCGUGAGGGAGGGGAAACUGUUCACAGAGGAAACGGAGGCCCCCAAAGGUUACCAUUGUGUGGUUCAUAUCAGCAAUGAAAUCUGAAAGCUAAGAGCAGAAGCCUUUUUGGCCAACAUGGAGGACAAAAGACGGCGAGCCCGCGUGCAGGGAGCCUGGGCUGGCUCAGCCAAGAGCCAGGCCGUGGCUCAGCCAGCUACCACUGCUAAGAGCCAUCUCCACCAGAGCCCUGGUCAGACCUGGACGAACAAGGAGCAUCAUCUGUCAGACAAACAAUUUGUAUUCAAAGAACCUCAGCAGGUGGUGCGCACAGCCCCAGAGCCGCGAGUGAUUGACAAAGAGGGUGUAUAUGAAAUCAGCCGGUCACCCACAGGCAUAUCUAGGGUGCGUUUGUAUCCUGGCUUUGUUGACUUGAGAGAAGCCGACUGGGUAUUGGAGCAGCUUUGUCAGGAAGUUCCCUGGGAACAGAGGACCGGCAUCAGAGAGGAUGUAACUUACCAGCAACCAAGACUCACAGCAUGGUAUGGAGAACUUCCUUACACUUACUCCAGAAUCACUAUGGAACCAAAUCCUCACUGGCACCCUGUGCUGCGCACACUUAAGAACCAAAUUGAGGAGAACACGGGCCACACCUUCAACUCCUUGCUCUGCAGCCUGUACCGCAACGAGAAGGACAGUGUGGACUGGCACAGCGAUGACGAACCCUCGCUGGGGAGGUGCCCGGUCAUUGCUUCUCUCAGUUUUGGUGCCACACGCACUUUUGAGAUGAGAAAGAAGCCCCCGCCAGAAGAGAAUGGAGACUACACAUAUGUGGAAAGAGUGAAGAUACCCUUGGAUCACGGGACCUUGCUAAUCAUGGAAGGAGCUACGCAAGCUGACUGGCAGCAUCGGGUGCCCAAAGAGUACCACUCUAGAGCGCAGAGAAUAAACCUGACCUUUCGGACAGUCUAUCCAGACCCGAGAGGGGCGCAACAGUGAUGUGAAAUCUUUGAGAGAAGCCGUGCCGAGACUGAGCAACCCUUCCACCGUGAAGAAACUUCGAGAGGCUGGUCCAGCUGAUCUCCCUGGAUGGCUGUUCGGAAGACAAGGGUAGACUGACUUCCCAGCUCAGAGCCCUGUUAACUACCAGCCAGCAGUUCACAUCCAUAAUAUGUUUACUGUGGGAACAGUAAUCCCUAAGCACAUCUUGAAAGCACAUAUUUUGUUUAGGCAAAUUAAAAACCCCUACGGCUGUGCUCACGGAUGAUUCUGGCCAUAAACAGUUUUUCUCCUGCUCCAUUUGAAGAGAUCUGAAUGGCCUUUGCGCUGGUGUAAAUGCACACGUGUUUGUUCCUCGUGACUAAAUUUAGUGGAGAUAACAAAUGUGCGUCAGGGACUCUGGAGCCUUCCGUAGGCAGACAGCUGCAGAAACCCAAACAGACGUGGUUCACAGAGCCUAGCUGAAGUCGGCCUUGACUCCUUAGCGGUGUGGCUCGUGUGCUAUUGUAAUGGAAAGCCACGUGUUCUGGGAGCCGUGUAUUUAACUGCCAGUUCUCCCGGGACACCCCAGACAGAUUACAGCCGGGAAUAAAGGUGAAGGCAGUGUUCGCUAGGCCUCCAUCUUCAAGCCACCACCCAGACUAC